AUGCAAGCACGAACCCACAGCUGUAUCAGGACGAUGCCAAUAAUGACAUCACUUGCAAAUACAACCUUUUCCCGAUUCAACCACACACUCGCUGUCAAGACGAGGUUCACCAAGGAUCACGAAUGGUUGGUCGUCGAUAAUCAUGGUGUUGCCACCAUUGGUAUAACCGAUUAUGCACAAAAAGCACUCGGGGAUGUCGUAUUCGUGGAAGUACCCAUUAUCGGCGACACAGUCAAAAAGAAUGAUCAUAUCGGUGCUAUCGAAUCCGUAAAGGCUGCCAGUGAUAUUUACACGCCCGUCUCUGGUGAUAUUUUUCUCGUGAAUGAAAAGUUAACCGCUGAACCAUCAUUGAUCAACAAGAGUGCAGAAGUUGAAGGCUGGUUUGUACAGAUAAAGAUGUCCAAUAUCGAGGAAACGGAUUCGAAGGAUCUUAUGGAUGAGGAUGCCUAUGCAGCAUACUGCGAGAAGGCUGAUAAGGACAAUGAUGCGUAA